AUAGUUCAGCCCACACAUCUCCCGGAGAAGAGACAUAGAGAUAAGUUCUGGGGGCGAAUAGAUUCAAUUAGUCAGUCAUUUGUGGUCGGAGGAUUAACACGUAAAAAAUUCUGUGAUUUAUCAUCUCAAAAUUUGUGGAAUUUUGUGAGUUUUUUUUUUCUUGGGAAAAAGAAUAUCUCAAAAUAAUUUUUAAAAGUGAAGAAUGAGCAAUUUUGAUUCAGCAACUGAAGUUUGCCAAAGACUCUGCGGAAGUGGAAAUUCUCUAGUGGAUCCCUUUUAUGAAAAUAAUGGUGGAAAUUUUUAUACUGCAAUGUAUCCAGCAGAUUCACAACAAAAUGACAUGAAUGGAAGCCAUUUGAUUGGCGAAGAAAAUAGCUACUGGGGCUCCCCAUGUAGCUCCAAUUCACCCCUAAGUCGACGGGAUUGCUCUCCAAGCAGUGGAAGUAGCCUCCGCCAGAGAAACAACAUGUCUCCGACCUACCAUCACUAUCCGCCCCACGUUUACUAUCACCAUGCUCCACAAUAUGAGAAAUUGGGUCCCAUGUGUGAAGAGGGUGGCUACUUUAAUACAACGACCACAGAAGUAAUCACAUCCACACCUUUUGUUCGAGUAGUCAAGCGUCGAAAUACGGCCAACAAGAAGGAGCGCCGCCGAACGCAGAGCAUCAAUUCAGCCUUUUCCUACUUGCGAGAACGUAUUCCAAAUGUACCAUCAGACACUAAAUUGUCCAAGAUCAAAACAUUGAGACUUGCUACAUCUUACAUAACGUACUUGACUCAAGUGUUGGAGGGAAAUCAAGAUCCGGCGGGAGGGUUUCGUGCUGAAUUGACAUCAUCGCGGAAAAUUAAUGCUGAAAGGAGAGCCAAUAUGAAAAACGAAACACAGAUCAUCUUGACAAAUUCCGAUAUUUCCGCUGUGGAUCCCAAGAAGACAAAAGGACGAACCGGAUGGCCCCAAGAUGUUUGGAAUCAAGCCGUAUGGAAGGAGGAGAAGCAGUGAGAAAAUCAAUGGAUUUACCUACCAAACAUUCUUUUUCCAAAGAUCAACCAUCGAGCAUUUUUUUUUAAAUAAAUUCUUCAAUGAAAAUUAUAUAAAAUGAGCAUUAAAUUAAAAAAAAAGAAGCACAAAUUGAGAAGUAGAUGU